CACAUUUUCAGGGUGGAUCACAAACUGACGUCUCUCCCUCCUCCCUCUACUUACAAUUCAGUAAAAUUAUAGCUAUCGGACGAAGUACAUUCGUCUUAACAAGAGAGUAGCAGGCAUCCUGUGUGAGCUCCGGAAAACACCAUAAAAUCUGGGGGAUUCGUCUCUUAACUGAAAUUAGCUAACCCCAAAUACCGACAGAAAUGGACGAAAAGGCUUUUACGAAAGAAAUUGAUCUGUGGAUCGAGCAGCUCAACGAGUGCAAGCAGCUAUCGGAGGGACAAGUGAAGUCACUUUGUGAAAAGGCAAAAGAGAUCCUGACCAAGGAGUCAAAUGUCCAGGAGGUGAGAUGUCCGGUGACGGUGUGCGGCGACGUGCACGGACAGUUCCACGACCUCAUGGAGCUGUUUAAGAUCGGAGGGAAAUCUCCAGACACAAACUAUUUGUUCAUGGGAGACUACGUAGACCGAGGGUACUACUCCGUAGAAACCGUCAGUUUACUAGUAGCACUUAAGGUACGCUAUCGUGAGCGCAUCACAAUCCUGAGAGGGAACCACGAGAGCAGACAGAUCACACAAGUUUACGGCUUCUAUGAUGAGUGCCUAAGGAAAUAUGGAAACGCCAACGUGUGGAAGUCCUUCACAGACCUUUUCGAUUAUCUCCCCCUCACUGCCUUGGUAGACUCUCAGAUUUUCUGCCUUCAUGGAGGCCUUUCCCCGUCCAUAGAUACUUUGGAUCACAUCAGAGCACUGGACCGUUUACAGGAAGUGCCGCACGAGGGUCCCAUGUGCGACCUGCUGUGGUCGGACCCUGACGAUCGCGGCGGCUGGGGCAUCUCCCCCCGAGGAGCCGGCUACACUUUUGGCCAGGACAUCUCUGAGACCUUCAACCACGCCAACCGCCUCACUCUGGUGUCCCGAGCCCACCAGCUGGUUAUGGAGGGUUACAACUGGUGCCAUGAGAGGAAUGUGGUGACAAUAUUUAGUGCUCCUAACUACUGCUACCGCUGUGGCAACCAGGCAGCUAUCAUGGAACUAGACGACACCCUCAAAUACUCAUUCUUGCAGUUUGACCCUGCGCCUCGCAGAGGAGAGCCUCAUGUCACUCGCCGCACCCCCGAUUACUUCCUGUAAACUCGCUGCCCUUUCACCCUUGUACAGUCAGUUCCAGUAUUGCCAUGACUUUCACUGAAAACAACAAGAAUAAGGAAGGGGAGGGUUGGAGUCUGGCGGGCUACACAGCAGUACACAUUGUAUAUCAACACAAAGAUCUAUUUAAGCAUUUAUCAAAAAAACAAUGUCUGUUUAUUUAGGCAUUAAGCAAAAGUUGGGUGCCAUAAUCGUCUCAAUAUUCAUUGCUGAGGACUUGUAUUAAAAAAAAAACAACCUUGCUAUGUAAAACAGUUUAAAUUCCUCAUUCUCUACCUGGUGUAGCUGGACUGAAGAUGAAACUUUGCUACUGUUUGAACCCCACAUGCCAUGGCUGACAUGUAGAGAUCUGAACAUUAUCUAUUUGCACUUUUGUAAAUCUCAACAAAUGUAACAUUAUGUCAAAAGAUGAAAAUUAUUUCACACUACAGAUGUUCUUGUUUUUUUUUCCUUUUUUGAUUUUUUUUAAAUGACACCUAAAGCCCCCAUCAUUCAACUUUUUUCAAACGUUUUCUGUCCUGUGUAACUUUUAAAAUAAACCGUCAUUAUGCAGUCACACAGCUUGGUUUAUAAGAUGUUUCAGAUGAUCCACAUCAACCCAUUGACUCCCUCUGAAUGACCGUCUGUUCACCAAAACAUUUGAAUAAUAAAGACAUGAAGGUGGCUCCUUGA